UCGGAACUUUGGUUGUGCACUUGCAGAAUGUUUUUUCCUUUCUGUUUGUCCUCAUUGUUUACCAGCCAAGACAACCUUCAAACAUGCAAAUAAUUAUGACUUUCUUGAAUGGGCCGAACCAAAACGAUUCACAUAUAUAAAACUGCUUGCAAAAGGAGGGUAUGGAACAAUCUCCACCGCGACAUGGAUAGAUGGACCAAGAUAUCGGCAAGAAUUCGAUUCAUAUAAACAUUCUCGGCACAAACUAUGCAGAAAUCCAAAUGAAACUGUUGGUUUGAAAACUUUGUACGAUUCAUCAGAUGGUAUUGAAAAACUUUUCAAAGAGCUAAGAUCAUAUUAUAACAACUUAAAUAAAUUUUAA